AUGUCUUCAGGGAAUUCUUCCAAAAAUCAACAAAAAAAUAAAGAAUUUUUAAAUGAAGUAGAAGUACCUUUUAUUAGAGUAAAACAACAACAACAACCUAAAACAUUGCCUAGAACAAAAAUUGAUGAAAUAAAUGGGGAAUUGUUAGUAGAGGAAAAAAUUAGCAAUAAUAAUAAUCAGUUUUCUCCUCCAAGACAAAAAAGGGCAUCUAUAACAUCCUUGCGUGAUUCUCCAACAAUUAAUCCGUCAAAUUUUAAUAAUUCUUUAAUACAACAAAAAAUGGCAAUAUUUGAGCCUUCAAAUAAUUCCUCUUCUACGCAAACUUUAAAAAUUAAUGAAGAAAUAAUUAAAGAAAAUUUUGACAAUUUAAAUAAUGAUACAAUGACUAAAACAAAGAAAAACACAAAAAUAGAAGAAAAUUUGAAUGGAAAAAAUUCUUUUUUAGAAAAACCUUUAAAAGAAAAAUUGGAACAAAAAGAAUUUAAUAAUGAAAAAGAAGUUGCUACUUUAACUGAAAAAAAUAUUAAAGUUCCAAAGUCGCCAAUUACUUCAACUAAUUUUCAAAGACUGAGCAAAAUUCGUUUAAAUAUGGGAAGUGGAAGAAGAAAUACGCAAAUUGUAAAUGAUGAUGAUAUUUCUGCCCUUGAAACUUUGGCUGCAAAUGUUCGUAUUAGACAACAAUCACCUCAACAAAAUAGAACACAAGGAGCUGCUGCUGUAAAUAAAAUACGUCAAAGCAUUGCCUCAAGUGUUUCUGCCCUAACUGUGGAUGAUUCUGAAGAUUGUUUUGCUGGAUUGCCUGAAACAUCUGUAGAUAAUGAAAUGCUUGAUGAUUGUGAAGAUGAUGAGGAGGAUGAAGAAGAAGGAAGUUGCCCCUCUCACGAUUCCUUUCAUGAAUUACGUGAUAGUGUACGUGAAUGUCUUGAGAAAGAACCCUCUAAUAGAACUGGAGAGGACCUUGCAAUAUUAAUUGAAUUUAUGUCUUCAUUACCUUCAUUAACCCAAUUACCAAUGAGUAUUAAAAGACAAUUGUGUUUAAAAAUGGUUUUUGCUGUUGUACCGACAAAAGGAACUUCAAUAAUGCAACAUGGAGAAAAAAUAGAUGCUUGGUCUGUUGUUGUAAAUGGAAGUGUGGAGCACGUUCAUUCAAAUGGCCAGCAUGUAGAAUACCGGCUUGGUGAUUGUUUUGGAGUACAGCCAAUCGCGCAAACGCAAUACAACGAUGGGGAAAUUCGUACUCUUGCUGAUGAUUGCGAAUUUAUUCUUGUUGAACAUGGUGAUUUUUAUUCAAUUAUGUCUUCAUUGAGCAGACAAAUAGAGCGCGAGAAUGAUGAAAAAAGUGGAGAAGUGGUCAGGGAAGUUGAAAGAAGAAUGGUAGAUAAUCAAGUAGAAUUAGUUGUAACUAAAGCUAGCCCAGAAAGACUACUCCGUCAAUUAUUGUUGGAUGAAGAAGAUGAUUUGUUAUUAGCUGCAACAUCCCCAAUCACAGAAAAUGUUGAUAGUUUAGCAAAUAUUUCAACAAAUUCUGCUCAAAUGGAUUCCCAUUUUGUUGAAGAUUUUUUGUUAAUGCAUAGAGUUUUCUUCCCAGAUUCGUUUUUGGCUAUACGUCAAUUAAUUGAUUGGUUUAGAUUGGAGCCUAAACACCGGGAAAGAGUUGCUAGAAUAAUGCUAAUUUGGUUAAAUAAUCAUUUUGAGGACUUUGAAGGAAAUGAUUCUGAUGGAAAAAUGACUGCUCUUUUGAAUGAAUUUGAUCAAUUAUUGGCCGAUGCUAAAAUGUUCAAUCAUCAAUGUUUAAUGAGCAUAACAUGUUCUGUUAAAUCCCAAUCCAGACAAGUAACAUUAACACGUUCAGAUCGUUCAGAACCUCUUAAUUUUAAAUUGGUUGGAGGAUCAACUUAUGGAGGUAUUUUUGUAAUGUCUGUAGAGACUGGCUCUUCAGCAGAAAAAGUUGGGUUUCGAAGAGGAGAUGAGUUAUUGGAAGUAAAUAGCAAAAAUAUGCGUAAAUUCUCACUUUCUAAUGCUGAAGAUAUUAUCCGGGAAAGUACACAUUUAAGUAUAACACUCAAAACAAAUUGGAUUGGGUUUCGGGAAGCUUUGCUUCAUUAUCAAGAAGAUCAACAAACAAAUUCAACAACAACUAUUUCAACAGCCAAUUGCCCUCCAAAAAAGGCCAGCAACCCUUCAUUACAAACCACAACAGCAAUGCCUUCUCGUUAUCAGAAAAAAUGUUCAAUUCCAACAAUUGCUGGUGCUGGACAUCAUAAUAAACAACAUCCACAAAGAGAAAGGCGUUCAACGCUUAGUGCUGCUAUUAAUCAAGUUGAGUUAAAUCCUCACCAACACUAUCACAAUUCUAAAGCAGGCUCUGCAACACCUACAAGUGGAGGAAAUUCUACAAUCUCUCACAAAAAAGUUUUAAAUAAAUUAAUACAAAUUAUUCGAGGCUCUGUUGACGAUAAUAAUGUUUGUCAUCAACAUAAUAAAUGUUUACAACAAAAGCAACAACAGAAUGGACAACAAAUAACUAUUGACUCGACUGAUGGAGAAUCUAAAAAUAAUGGAAAUUCUUUACGUGCAAGUCGUUCAAAUCCUGAUAUUUCUGUCCACUCUUGUGGUCCUUGCACUUCGUCAAAUAUUUCAUGUGCUUCAUCUUCAUCCACUGCCUCAAAUCGCCACAGUUCUCUCUGUGCUGCUUCCUCAAAUGGCAGUGUUGGAACUUGUCUUACAAGAAUAGAUCAAGCAUUAAAAAUUUAUAGAAGUGAUCAAAGCUUUAGAUAUAUACCUGUUUGUGCUGAUUUAAAUGCUAAACAAAUUCUGCAUUUAGCACUACAGGAAUUUGGAAUCUCUACUGAUUCAAUAGAUGAUAAUUCUUGUUUAUGGGCUAUUUAUGAAUGUUCUGUAAGUCAUGAUGGUGUAGUAAAGCAAAGAAGAUUACCACCUACAGCUACAAAUUUAGCUGAAACUGUUGCAUUAAAUGCACGUUUAUAUCUUCGAGAUAUGCAAAAAGAAGAAAAUAAUUUAUUGCCUGAUGAAUUAAUACCAGAAGUUUUAAAACAAGCAAGAUUAACCCUUUAUACAUUAAAUGCCCAGUGUAUAGCUACACAAUUAACAUUACAGGAUUUUGGUGUUUUCUCUUCUAUAGAGCCAACAGAAUAUGUAAAUCAUUUAUUCCAAUUAGGAGUUAAUGGGGAAAAUAAUUCUUCGAAACAGCGUGGAAAGGGUUGGGAUAAAUUGGCUGAAUUCGAGUCUCUUUUCAAUCGAGAAAUGUGGUGGGUAGCAACAGAAGUUUGUUGUGAACGUAAUGUUUAUAGAAGAUCUAAAUUAGUUAAGAAAUUUAUUAAAGUUGCUAGACAUUGUCAUUUACUUCGUAAUUUAAAUUCAAUGUUUGCUAUUGUUAGUGGUUUAGAAAAGCCAGCAGUUCGGAGACUUUCACAUACUUGGGAAAGAGUUCCUGGAAAAUAUUUAAAAAUGUUGGCCGAUCUUCAACAAUUAAUGGACCCAUCUAGAAAUAUGUCUCGUUAUCGACAACAUUUAGCUCAAUUGGCACAGGAGCCUCCUUUAAUUCCAAUUUAUCCAAUAUUACGAAAAGACCUUACUUUUGCACAUGAAGCUAAUCCGACCUUUUGUGGACCUCGACUUGUUAAUUUUGAGAAACUUAGAAUGAUAGCCCAAAUAAUUAGAAAUAUUCAACGAUUUAGUAGUGUUCAUUAUGACCCUUCAGAAUUAUAUAUUGGAAAUAAUGGUGGAGGUGGUGGUGGUGGGGCAGCUGAAGUUAUGUUCCAUCAUGAUGCACUCGACCCCGUUAGUGCCACAAUUCGUAAAGCAACUAAAGCUGGAAUAGGAAAUCGUUUUGGCACAAGUAGUAGCAGUAAUGGAGCUGGCCUUUCACGGAAAAAACUUUACGAGAGGACGUUGAUGUUAAGAAGGGUACGGGCAUAUUUACGCUCAAUGCCGCUUAUUGACUCAGAGGCUAAUUUGGAUAGAAUUUCUUUGGAAAUUGAACCUCCAGCUCUCACUUCCGGUCAAAGCAGUUCUGUCCAACAAUUACACCAUUCUUCCUGUUCUCCCCAUUCCCAACACCAAACACAACCAAGUAGCUCGUCUGCAAGUACUGCACGGAGAAGACUUCCCUCUCCAUCACCUAGCAGUCUUUCAUCUCAAUCAAAUCAAUCAAGUUCUAUAUUCCAUCAACAAGAAAAACAAGGACAAUCAAUGGCUGGAGGGAUAAUUGGUGGAAGUGGUGGUAAUGGAUUGCCUAAAUUUGGCGUUGAAUCUCCACAGGCCGUCCAGAAAAUGUUGGCUUUAGUUCAAAAUUCAAAAAUAAAAAGCCGACAACCCUUUUUUACUUCUUUUCACCAAAGCUCAGGACGUUCACAUUUGCUUCAAUCACACGGUGCUUUGUCUGCUUCUGCUGAAUUGCCUCCAAUUGGUGUAGAUAAUCACCAUCUACAUAUACAACAAAGAAAAAGAUGUUCUGUUACAAGUAGCAGCACAACAACUGAUGAAAAUGUUAGCUGUAGUGGAAAUAAUGAAAGAGCUGUUUAA